CGAUAUUUUUAAAAGUAGAAAUAGAAAAAGUAGUACUUAAGUAAAUAAUAAGAGAUGUCUUAUAACUCCUCUUAAAAAUACAUUUCUAUUCAUAUUUAAUGGACUAGAGCUUUGUUUUCAUCAGUUAAAAUAGAUAAGUCCCUUAAGUAAAAGAAUAUUAGCUGCAUUUCAAUGAUCAGAGAUUAAAAAGAUUUCACAGAAACAUAAUUAAGUAAAAAAGUUUAAUAAUAAAUAAUAGAUUUAGUAUCAAAAGGGGCUUCUUCUAAAAAUGUAAGCAAAUUUAUUCAGAAAAACUAUGAGCUAUAAUAAGAUUUAAAGAUGCUUUAGCCAAAGAAAUUAAAAAUCUUAGGAGGUGGGUGUGUUUCCUCUUCUAAUGUAAGAAAAGUCAACUCUAAUACAAUAGUAAAAAAAGAAAUGUCUUAAGCUAAAUAAAGAAGAAAAAGAAAUGAGUAAUCGAUAGUAAAAGCUGAUAUUUUAAAAUUAAACGAAGAAAUGGAAGCUAUUAUAAACACCAAGGAAGAUGAUAUCUACAACGGAAAAACUUACGUCUUAGAUACUAUACUUCCCAUUUUAAAUAAGUAAAGUGUUGUAUCAAAUAGACCUCUUCAUUAAAAGCUAUCUAAAAUUCUCUAGAAAGCAAUAAAUUUGGUAAUUAGAGUUAAUUCAUAGGGAGCUUCUAAUGAUAAAGAUGGAAAAAAUAAUAAAUAAGAUUUAGAUAAAAAUAAAGAGAAUAAUAUUGAAGAGAAAGAUGAUGUAGAAGAAGAUGUUGACGAUAAAGAACUUGAUGAGGAUCUAGUUUGGACUGAAAAAGAUAAAGCAGAUAUGGAUGCGACAUUUACAAAUAUUAUUGAUAGAAUCAACGCUAGAAUAAGUAAGGAGCCUUUGUUGAACCAACUUUAUUGUGUUACAAUGGUAAGAAAUAUUUUAAGGACCAAGAAACAUGCCUUAAAACUAAUGGAUGAAGCUAUUAGAUAUGGAGUACCCCUUUUUGGAUUAGUUAGAAACUAAGAUCCAACACUUUUGUUGAUGCUGGCUGUUAAAGGACUUUAAUUGAUGGAUUUACAGUAAACAAAACAUAUGGUGCAAAAAAUGAUGAAUUUUUAACUUCAAGCAUUGCAGUGUGCUAAAAAUUUACCAGAAGACUUAAAAAAGUAAAGUAAAAAUGUUUAAAUGCUAUUUGCUUACUUUAAUGCGCUUGAUGAAAUUAUUAGCAAGAAAAAUAAAGAAUCUUGGGAAGUUUAAUACUUUUGCUUAAUGCAAAUAAAUGAUUUAAUUAAAAUAAUGAUUGAUCUAAAUGAAGUGAUAUAGAUUAGUAACAGUAGUCCUCAUUGGAAUAGCUUUUUAAAAGAUGAAGAAAAGGGUAUGUUUACUAUUUGUCAAAAAAGGAUGUCUAUGAGUGGAAUCUUCAUAGUAAACGCACUAGAUACUUUCCUGUUAAAUCACAAAUUUUUAAGAAGUAUUUCUUUAGAUAUAAUAAUUAAUUUGCUUAAGCUUAUUAAGAUUGCUGAAUCUAAGCAUUAGCAGAGUGAUAAAAAUCAAAACUAAAAAGUUAAAGAAGAAAUUGCUUAAGUUUUAUAUCAAAGAUGGCUUUUUGAAACCAACAAUCAAAUUCGUACAUAAUUUAUAGAUGAAGAUGUUUUACAGUCUGUUGACGAAGUUGUAUAAAAGAAAAAUGGAGGGAAACAUAGAAAAAGCAAUUAAAAUUAAGAACAUUAACAGCUAGGAUAGUAGUAAUCAUUAAAAUAAGAAUAAUUAUCUGUAGGUGCUAUUUAAACGGAAGAUUAGGAAGAAAGAAUUUUAAUUGAUUUUGCAAAUUAAGAGCAGUUGGCUUUACAAGAAAUUUAGAAAUAAAUUCAGCAAUAGUAAGGAAAAUGCUUAGCUGAAUUAGAAAAAGAAUUCAACAGCAUGAAUGAAACAUUUGAUUGUAUGAAGUCUGCUGAUGGUAUCAAAAAAGUUAUUAAACUAAGAUAAACUGAAAUUUGGAAACAGAGUAUUUUAAACAGAAGAGAAUAAGGAGAAAUAUAAAAAGAUGAUGCUUUGUUAGAAAGCAUCAAUUUGUAUGUAAAUUAAAGAUUGUAAGAAAAAGUAUUUUCUGAAUAAGAAGAAAAUUAAUAAAAGCCUAAAGAAGUUGAUGCUCUGAGCUUUAUUAUGAAUUCUUUUAUUUAGAAGAAAACUGAUCUUAAUUAUCACACCCCUCUUUUAAGUGUGGUAGCUAACGGUGGUAUGGGUAAAUCAAUGCUCUUCAAAAAAAUAGAAAUGGAGUUAUUAGACGAUUUUAGUAAGGAUUCUUAGCAAGCAGUUUAUGAAAGAGUUCCUAUUAUUAUAAAAAUGGCUGAUUUAGAUUCAGAAAAUCCCAAUUUAAUUUCUUACUUAGACAACUAGCCUAUUUUUAAAGAAUUAAGGCUAGAUGCUUCUGUGUUAAAAACAUCUGAAUUAAAAAAGCUAAUUUUAUUUGAUGCAUUUGAUGAAUACAAAGGUAAACCUUUUAAUCUGUGGACGACUUUCAAUUUAACUGAGUGGAAGAAUACUAAAGUGAUUGUAUCCUCAAGAGAAGAAAAUUUAUCUAAAGAUGAUUAUAAACUUUACUUUUCUGUAUCUGAGGGUAAUGAUUAAGAAAAAAAGAACCAAAAUUUCUUAGUUUAUAAACUGAUCAAAUUUGGAAAAGAAUAGCUGCUAGAAUUUGCGAAAAAAUCAUUCAAUCAAGAAUAAAAAUAGGAUACUGAUCAAAAGCGUGUAGAUUUACUUGCUUCGUUCACUUAAAUAAUAGAAGAAAACUCUCAGAUAUUAAAGUUAAUCAGUCUUCCUAUAAAUGCUUUUAUUUUUAUUAGAACUCUUCCUUCUCUUUUAAGCUAAAAUUCAAAUAUUUCAAUUAGAAAUUAGACAGAAUUGUAGGAAAUAUUUUUUAACUAUUAAUUUGAAAGAGAUUCUUUGUUGUAGCCUAGAGCAGGAACUGAUUAAGGUUUAAGAGAAUUAUACAAAAUGUAAUUCUUUGAUCUUUUCUAAAGAAUAGCUAUUAAUAUGUUUAAAUAAUCUAUCUUAAGCGUAGACAUUUACGAUGUUUAGAUUGAUCUUUUACCACAGAUAAAAAAGAAAUUGAACUCUCAAGAAUAAAAAUAGCUUUUACAAUUCUUGUAAGAUUAUCGCAACCCAUAAAUAAUUACUCUGGCUGAUGAUACAGGAAGAGACUUAUAUACAGUUAAAUUUUUACACAAAUCGUUAUAUGAAUAUUUUGUAGCUAGAGCUAUGAAGUUUGACUUUGACAAGCUAGAAUGGAAUAAUCAAAAGCUGAUUGAUUUAUCAUUUGAAGAAAUAUCUAAAUUUGCAAUUAAUAGCAGAUAUAUUAUGGUAAAAGGUAAAAGUGAAAUUUGUAUUUUGUAAUAAUUCGCUAGAAUGAUUAAGCCUAUCAUAUAAAAGAGAGAAUUCUUGCAACAAUGUGAGAAGGAAGAGUCAAUAUAGGGCUAACAUAAUUUUAUAUAGAUUAUGCUCUUAACUAGAAAGCAGUUCCAUGGAGAAAAGCUAGAUAUUGCGUCUUCCAAUAUGCUUAGUGCUAUAGCAAACAGCAAAAUAUCUCUAACAGGAUUAAAGUUAACAAGGUGCUCCUUCAAGAAAGCAUAUUUAUAUUAUUAUAGAGGAAAUAUUGAUUUCACUGGAUCUAAUUUAAAAGAAGCAAUGCUCGGUUAGUGCUUAGCUGAUUAUUCAAGAAGUAAAACUGAAUAUGCUUAGACUUAAGAUUCGAUUAGUGAUUGGAAAAGCGACUCCAUUUACUCUUUUAGUUGCUGUGUUAUUCCUUCAAAUUAAAAAAAUAAUGAUAAACUAAGCAUAAUUACAGGCUCAUUUAGUGGAUUUGUAAAUUAAUAUGUUCUUGAGUUAAAUGGAAAUUAUUCAAAAGAUAAUAAUCAAUUUUAUGUAAUUCCUUCAAAGAAAAUGUACGAAAUAACAAAAUCAAAAAGAUUAUAUAAAGGAGAAAUAACUAACAUCGAAUAAUUCGAAAACAAAUAUUUUGUAUCACAGAAAAAAAAUAUAAUUGUUCUUGAUGAAAAUGGAGAAGAAAUUUUUAUAUUUUAAGCUCACACAUAAGAUAUUAAAUUUAUAGACAUUAACUACUAAUUAAAGCACUUGGUGACUUGCGAUAUAAAUAAGUAAUUGAGAUUUUGGAAUAUCUCUAAGCAGUUUCAAUUAAUAUCUUCAUUUGAUGAAGUGCAUUAAGAAGUCAUGACUUCGAUUUGUUAUUCUCAGACCUAAAAUAUUCUAGUGAGUUCAUCGAAAGGAAAAAAAUGCAAAGUUUGGAAAAUGGAAGGAAGUGAAUAUGUGAUGAAGUAUGAAAUUGAUGUGGGACAGCCAGUUGACAAAAUGAUUUUUACGCCAGAUGGAAAAUAGAUCUUAGUUUCUCAAGGAUUCAUGAAAGGUUUAGUUACUAUUUCUCUUGAUGAAAAUAAAUCAGAAGAGAAGUAAGCUACUAAUCUUACCAUUCCUUUUGCAAGCAAAAUGAAAUUUUCACCUGAUAAUAAAUAUUUGGCAAUUAUAUGCUCAAAUUCAACAUCGAUAUUUGAUGUUAACAAAAAAUAUGAAAAAAUUCAAACUCUUUAAUUCAAUUCUUAUGAGUCUUCUCCUAUAGAUAUUGCCUUCAGUAGCAAUUCAAAAUAUAUUGUAGCUACAGGUUAUGAUAGCAGCUGUGCAGUUUGGGAUAUUUCUUAAGACUUCAAAUUAGUUAGUAGUAUUACAGGUCAUUAAUCUAGUAUUCUCAACUUAAGUUAUUCACCUGAUGGUAAAUAUAUAUUUAGUACAUCAAGAUACUAUAUUUUCGUUUGGCAAGAAAUAAAAUUACGAGAUGGCUCCUUAAAUUAUGAGGUAAUAUCUACAAUAUCAUUAGACAAUUACUAUUAUAUUGAAGGAUUAGCUUUCUUAAAUAAUUAGAGUCCUAAUCACUAUAAGUUUUCAAUAAUUAGCAAUGCAAGUUACUUUACACUUUAUGAAUUUAAUUGUUCAGAUAAUAAAAUUUCUUUAAUAAAAAACUGUAAUAUUGAAGAUCAGUAGAACAGAUAAAAACCUGUAGCAUUAUAAUAUUAAAAAAGCGAUAAAUAUUUACUUUCUGCAACUACUUAGGAAUUAAAUUUAUUUGAUGUUGCAUCUGAUUAUACUUUAAUCAGAUAAUUUUCACCUAAUACAGCAGAUUAAAAAAUAACUUGUAGCUGCUUUUAUUCAGAUUUACAAAAAGACUUCCACCUAUUAAUAAUUGGGUACAGUAGUAAUACAUUUGACUUAUGGGAUAUUUCUGAAAGAAGUUUAAUUGAGAAAUAUAAAACAGUUACAGUGCAAGGUUCGCUUGCUAAAAUGAUUUGCUCUCCAUGCGAUACAAUUUUAGCAACUGUGACAUCUGAUAAUAUAAUUUAAUUGUGGCACACUCAAAAAGAUUUUGCUCUAUAUACAACAAUAAGUGCUGUAAAAGACACAAUAUAUUCAAUAGCAUUUAGUUAAGAUUCUCAAUUCCUUAGCUGCAUUACUGAAGACAAGAGCAUCAAGAUUUUCUCUUAAUAGAAUAACUUUGAAACAUUUAAAAUGUUGAAACAUGAUAUUGACACAACAAUAGGCUGUAUUUCAUUUCAACCUAAUAAUUCUUAAUAGUUAAUGACUUCAUUGAAUAAUGAAAUUACUAUUUGGAAUCUUUAAGAGACUUAUGAGAUAGAUGAUAAUUUAUAAGGCCACACUGAAAGUAUAUCAUCGACAUGCUUUUCUUAUGAUGGUAGUUAUUUAGUUACUGCAAGUUCAGAUUCUAUAAUGAAACUUUGGUACAAUUUAUCAGCUUAAGAUAAGAGUCUGAUUCCUUUGUUUGAGUUAGUCUCUACUAUAAAAUUAAAUACUCCUAACAAUUAUACUGUAUCAGUAAUAGUGUUCAUGAAGGAUAAUAAAAGUUUCUUAACAGGAUGUGAUGAUGGAUCAAUUAGAUUAUGGCUCAUUGAAUAAUUAUAUAUAACCCCAGCUUUUACAAUCCAAAAAGAUUAAUAAGUUAAGGCUAUUUCAAGCAUUUCCAUAGAUGCAAACACAAAUAAAUAUAUAGCAAUGGCUUGUUAAAAAGAGUUCAUAAGAUUUUAUACUUAAAAUACUAAAUAAAAGAGCUUAGAAUUUUAUAAAUAGGUAGAUUUUGAACAAGCCAUUCAUUCUGUUUUGUUUUCUCCAAAUAAUAAAUACCUAGCAGCAGGUACCAAUAACGGAAAAGUUUAUAUAUUAGAAAGUGAAGAAAAAUCAGAUUAAAACGCUACUUUCAAUGUUUUAUGUUAGUUUAAUGAUGAUGAGUCUACUGAAUUUGUAAAUAAUUUAGCUUUUACCAAAGACAGUAAAUACUUAAUAGCUGCUUUUUUCAGUAAAAUUCUAUUGGUAUAUGACAUAGAGAAUAGAGUUGUUACUUAAAAAGUUACUUAUUCUGAUAUUUGUAGCCGUUUAGAAAUCUCAGGAGAUGGAAAAAUCUUAGUACUUUCUAGCUAUAAAAAUGCAUUUUAUUUAUUUACAUGUAAUUCAGAUUCUGAAGAUAGAAAAGAAAUCUUAAAAUAUAUUAAAAAGAACACUGAUCACUCUAAUUCUAUUUUUUCUAUAAGUAUUUGUUAGAGUUCUAAUUUAUUGUGUUCUGGCUCACGUGACUCAACAUGUAGGUUAUGGGAAUUUUCAAAUAGCUAAAAUGAUAUUUUAGUUAAAAAUAUCCAAACUCUUUGA